AGAUGUUAUAUGACAAUGCACAUAGCUAAUGGUUUCUGAUUCUGGGGUUCCGAGAUCUUGAUAGAGAGGUGGCCCAAUUCCCCGAUUCGACUUGGACAUCAGCGAUGAGGACCUUAGCACCGUCUGCUCCAUCUAAUGCCACCGGCUCUGCCAUCAGUGCUACCUUCGCCCCUCUAGCCUAGGGGAAGGUUGCCCUAAUUACAGGAGGAGCCAGCCGUGUUGGCGCAUGCACUGCCAGAAUCUUUGCCCACCAUGGAGCCAGAGUAGUUGUAGCUGACAUCCAAAAACAAUUAGGCCACACAGUCUGUGAGUCAGUCGGCCCAUCAAACUCCAUUUUCCUCCACUGCGACGUCACCAAUGAAUCGCAAAUCCAACACGCUGUGGACAAAGCUGUUGCCAUCUAUGGCAAACUAGACAUCAUGUUCAAUAACGCUGGCAUUUUGGGCGAGAUGAAGCCACGCAUAAUUGAUAGGGAAAAAUCCGACUUUGAGCGUGUCCUUAGUGUGAACGUGACCGGGAUCUUCCUUGGCAUCAAACACGCAGCUCGGAUCACGGUUCCUGCUCGAAGCGGCUGCAUAAUCUCCACUGCCGGCGUAAGUUCAACUAUAGGUAAAACAGGCGCCCAUGCUUAUACUGCUUCAAAGCAUGCUGUUGUGGGACUGACAAAAAAUGCUGCAGUUGAGCUCAGGCAAUUUGGUUAACUGCUUAUCUCCCUAUGGGUUUGCAACGACAUUGUUUAUAUAUAUAUAUAUCUAAUUAUAAGUUAUAUAAGAUAAAAUAGUUCUGUUUUGUUGUCAAAUCCUUCUUCAUCUGAUUCAAUACUCGAAUAUAAAAUCUUUAACUUA